AUGGAAGGCCUAGUGGACCCGGAAACGCUUUACAUGAAGCAGAAUUGCAUUGGUGGUGGAAGCUUCGGACGGGUGUACAAAGGUGUCGAUAAACGCAACGGAAAAUCAGUCGCGAUCAAGAUAAUCGAUGUCGAGAAUGCCGAGGAUGAAGUUGAGGAUAUCAUCCAGGAGAUCGCUAUCCUGUCCGAACUCAACUCGACGUACGUGACAAGAUAUCAUGGAUCAUACUUGAAGGGUUCUAGUCUCUGGAUUGUUAUGGAAUUCUGUUCUGGGGGUAGCUGCUCUGAUUUAAUGCGCCCGGGGCCUAUUCCAGAGGAAUAUAUUGUCAUCAUUAUCCGUGAACUCCUCAAGGGGUUGGAUUAUCUACACAGCGACAAAAAGCUACAUCGCGAUGUCAAAGCUGCAAACAUUCUUCUGUCAUCGGCUGGCCAAGUGAAGCUGGCGGACUUUGGAGUCUCCAGCCAACUGUCAGCUACCAUGACAAAGAAAAACACUUUUGUGGGGACCCCUUUUUGGAUGGCCCCCGAAGUUAUCAAGCAGUCAGGAUACGAUUACAAAGCUGAUAUUUGGUCACUCGGGAUCACCGCAAUUGAAUUGGCCAAUGGAGAACCUCCCUACUCAGACAUCCAUCCCAUGAAAGUCCUGUUUCUGAUUCCUAAGAAUCCUCCCCCUACGCUGCAAGGUGAAUACAGCAAAACCUUCAAGAAUUUUGUUGAGCUUUGUUUGCGGCGCGACCCGCGAGAGCGGCCAACAGCCAAAGAGCUGCUUGAGCAUCCUUUCAUUAAGCGGGCAAAGAAGACCAAUUACCUAACGGAGCUGAUCGAGCGCUAUGAGCGCUGGCAGGCCGUGAGUGGGAAUAAGAAGACGGACGAGGACGACGAUUUAGAUCAUGAGCAUCCAUCGGUUUCAACGACAACGGAAGUGGAUGAUGAUCUCUGGGAUUUUGGGACAGUUCGUCCAGUGGGCCGAGGGCACGCUCUGAAUCCGAUGAAAAAGACGGAUCUUAAUGUUCGUGACCAGGGAACGAGGGACCGAGAUUCCAAGGCUGAGUUGCCCCGGAAGGAGGCUCCCAAACCGAAUAACUUCCCGCCUCCGUCGUUUGCCCAAGCCAACAGUACGCCUACGGCUUCACCUAAACCACCGUCGCCGACAAAAGUUCCGUUGCCCCCUUCCCCAGCGAAGCCGACACAUUUUGACAACUUUCCCAAAACACCUUCACAUCUCUCCCAGCCGACACCUCAGCAUCUUAAAGAAAGCCCAGGCAGCGAAUACGACAGGGCUCUACAGCAAUCUUUGGCACAGGACUUGAGCUUCCUCCAGCUGGACCGUUCGCCAGGAGCCCCAAUGUCAACUGUUGUAGACACAGAGAGCCCGCUCUCAUCACCGUUGUCGCAUCAACCGCGCGCGUCGUCCUCGAUAGAGGUGCCAACUUCCCAAGGACUUGUGGCAGGGUCUCCCUCUCGGAGACCCACAGAGCAGCAUGCUAGGGCUAGGAUGGAAUCACCACGCGUCCAACCUCCAUUGUUUUCUCAGCCACAGCCGCAGCUGCGAUCCCGUUCUCCUCCGCGCCCUCCCCCAACACCGAAACAUACAUCUCCGCCGCCACAACUCCAACCCCAAAACCAUCCACAUGCGCCGUUGCACAGUUCACCAUCCAACCUUGCUGCUCCGAGUAGCCCUCAAUACCACAAACCCGCUCCUUCAAGCACGGAGGUAACAAGGCAAACGCGGACAUCCCACGAUAUCACAGCCCUAAACAGCGUCAUUGUUCCUGCUUUAAGAGAAGCCAUCCGCCGCCGUUCCCGAUGUUUAGAUCAUGCAACCCGCUCGGCGGUAGCCCACGAUGGUGAAAGCCUAAAAGCAUCGUUAGAACUCCAGUCUCGCAGGGAACAUGCUCAAGAAAUGAUAGAAUCAUUAUCCAACGACCUGAGCAGUGUUCUCACCAGGAUCGAUCGCUGGGACAAUGACGCCCCCGUCGGUAUGGGAGCUGGCAUUCCCUCCUUCCUCGAGGGAUUCCUUGAAGAGAUCCUUGUCAGAAUUGAGCCAGGUGAUGAAGAUUAG